AUGCCUUUGGCUUCCUUGACCCAUCACUGGUUAUCCGUGGAUGCCACCUCAUUCCAGCCUUUUCAGAUGGACAUUCAGAUGCCCUCCUCAGAUGCGGACCAUCUCUUGCAAGAGGUCAAGGUGAAAUCAAUGACUGGUCAUUCCUUUAUCUUUGCAGAUCGAGAUAUGUUCACAAGAUUCAUUGGAAUGGGCAUUGGACAUGAGAUUCAAUAUGAUUCCUCAGCAGUCAGACAUCAUCAGAGUGAAUACCAGGAUGAAUCAUUCAGUUGUGAAGAUGAGCUAGACCAUGAUGGUGAGGCAGCAAGUGAAGCACCCAAGGAUGGUGAACAUGCACUAAGAGUCGAUGAGGAUGAGGAAGAUAACGGUGAUGAAGAUGAGGACAAGCAAGACGAUGGGGAAAGUACUAACAGUGACAGCAGCAAGGAUGAUGGCAGUACUAUGGGUGCUGAUGAAGAUGAAGAGCCAGCUUCUGCGCUGGAGUCAGACGAGGACCAGGAUGAUGAAUACUAUAGAUUUUAA